AUGGGUGCGUUUCCUCCCCCCAUUGACUCGUCCUAUGUACCCUCGGCCUCUCUCACAAGACUCCCCGCGACGGCGCCAACCGCAGACAUCGUCGCCACCCUUGAGCGCGAUGGAGCGCUCAUCUUGGUUGAUCUCGUGUCUCCCCGGGACGUAGCGGCCAUCAAUGACGAAAUCGAGCCGUACAUUCAAAAGGCCAAGGCCGAAACCCACGAGGCAUACGAUCUGGUUCCCAAGCAGACCAUCAUGGUCCCCGGGGUCGUGGGCAAGUCGCCAACAAUGGCGAGAAUGGCCGAGCUGGAGGUGAUUGACACGCUGCGCACGCUGGUCCUGCAAAAGAAGUGCACGGCGACGUGGGAGGACCGCACAGAAGAGUUCUCCAUCGACCCUCUGUUGAACAGCAGUUUGACAUACCACAUCAGCUACGGCGGUCCGCGGCAAAGGCUGCACAGAGACGACAUGAUCCACGGCAUCUACCACAGCGGCGGCGAGUACAGCCUGUCCAACGAGACGAUGCUGGGCUUCAUGAUUGCCGGGUCCAAAACCACGCGGGAGAACGGAGCGACCAUGGCUAUCCCCGGCUCUCAUAAAUGGGACCACGCGCGGGUUCCCAGGGUCGAUGAGGUUUGCUUUGCGGAGAUGGAGCCGGGCUCUGCGUUGGUUUUCCUGGGCACGGUCUACCAUGGCGCUGGGCACAACUCGGUGCCUGACCAAGUGCGCAAGAUAUACGGCCUGUUUUUUAUCCCGGGAACGCUCCGUCCCGAGGAGAAUCAGUUCUUGGCAAUUCCUAGAAGCAAAGUCCUCGGAAUGAGCGAUAAAAUGCUCUCUCUCCUGGGGUAUAAGAAGCCAGAGACCUGGCUUGGCAUUGUGAAUAAUGGCGAUCCGGCCGAAAACCUCGCAGAGGUUCUCCGCAUGGCCAACUCAUAA